CCUUUAUUUCUUCUGUACAAUGUCUCUCUAAGUAGUUCCCCAUAACAAAGCCUCUUGCAAGCUAACGAAUGAGGCUGUGCCUGCCAGAAAUGCAUGUCGAGUAAGAUUUGCCAUACGAUAUAACAAUGGCAUAGACAAUAUACAGUACAUGUUAGGGAUCUUUCUGUAGCUUGUAAUUUUAGUUUGUAGUACAAUUGACGUUGCGUAAGCUGACAACAACAAGAGCAACCUCGAGUGGCUCAAACACUGGCUAGCCAGCUAGUUAGAUAGCUAACUGUAACGAAAUGUUCACAUAAGAUUUAGCUUAAAUUUAGCUUAGUAUAAUCCGACUCGGUUCUCAUUCUUCAAUUUGAACACAUUUAGCUGAGUUUGCCAAGCAGCUUUUCAGCAUCCUGGUCUACCCCUCUCCUGCUCCUGCUCCUGCUCCUCCUCUCCUAUCUCAUCUUGGUCCUGUGCAGUAUGACAAUGCGUGUGGAUGCCAAAGUAGUUAUGCUUGGGAAGGAGAGUGUAGGCAAGACCAGCCUUGUAGAGAGAUAUGUCCACCAUCGCUUUCUCGUCGGCCCCUACCAGAACACUAUUGGGGCUGCAUUCGUUGCCAAACCAAUCCAGGUGGGAGACAAGGUGGUUACCCUGGGAAUAUGGGACACGGCUGGAUCAGAGCGCUACGAGGCUAUGAGUAGAAUCUACUACAGAGGAGCCAGGGCUGCCAUUGUCUGCUAUGAUUUGACAGACACCAGCAGUUUCCAGCGAGCUAAAUUCUGGGUGAAGGAGGUGCAAAACUGUGAAGAGCACUGCAAGAUAUACCUGUGUGGCACAAAGUUUGACCUGAUUGAGAGUGACCGGGGCCUGCGGCAAGUAGACUACCAUGAUGUUCAGGACUUUGCUGAUGAAAUUGGGGCUCAGCAUUUUGAAACAUCCAGUAAAACAGGCAACAACGUGGAUGAGCUGUUCCAAAAAGUUGCAGAGGACUUUAAUAGCAUCUCCUUCCAAUUCAUGACCGAAGAGACAGGUAUUGACUUGGGUCAGAAGAAGGACUCUUAUUUCUAUUCCUGCUGCCACAAUUAAGCCUUUACUGGUAGACAGCGGUCACUUGCCCUAAAACCAACCUGGAAAUGUUGGAUGGAUGCUAGACAGUCCACCUGGAGCCUGUUCAUUUAAAAUCAGAGAAAGAAAGAGAGGAGUCCAAGCAGUACUGUGUUUUUUUGGUUGCUUUUUUCAGUUGUGCCAUAGAAGGCUAAAUGCUCACUGCAUUUAAAGGAGUGCUCAUAAUGAUUGGACUUCCCCUCUCUCAGGACAAAAUACCUGCCACGGGGGAUAUCGGAAUGAAGCAGACAGGGAAAUGGCACUUCAACCCCACUUUAAAAAAAAAAAGCCUUGUUUUCCUUAGUGUCUAUCAACUCACCUUAAUGCCACUACAGACUUCAUGCAAACAGAGCAACGGAGCAUCGCAUACGAUCCAUUCCCCAUUUUUUGCCAAACAAAAAUAUGUAGAACUAUGUGUGACAACUACUCUGUCGCUGCGUUUAUGUAGUUGGAUAGAAGUGUAUAGGGCCAUUUAGGGACAGUUCAAAGUUUACUGGGGUGGGGUGGGGUUAGUUUGUCCAACUCGAGGUGUCAGAAAAAAAAAUGUACGACCACAAAUAACAAUAACUGUGUUUAAAAAUGUGGAUAUUGACUUUGCCACUUCAGCAUGGUUUUGUGGCACAGUCGAUGCACUACGAUAAGAGCCGGCUGCAGACAAUGCUCAGCUAGCUAGAAAUCUAAUUUCAAACAGUUUGACACUAUAAUUAUAUACAAUAUAUGCAACACAUUUUCCACCAAUAGGUUUCUGUGCCAAUGCACCACACAACCCAUAAGCGAAGCAUACCCAUUUCAGACGCUUCAAGUUCAUGGUUAGUGUUUUCAACACCACAAUGAAAUAUACUGUCAAUCUCGACAAACAGAACAUAGGCCUAGAUCCUGCCCUACCUUGCAGGCCUACCCAGUAUCGAAAGCUUGGCUUGACAGUCUCCAAAUGUCAUUACACUUUUUGGUGUUAAACAGAUGUCUCUUUCCAUUCAUCAAAUGGCUGCUGCACAGUUUGGAUGCUGGAAUUACAUUUAGGAUGAACGUGCGCAGGUAGCCUACAGGAUACUUUUGAUUAAAACAUUGUGACUGGUUGUGUUUAUGCCACACAUAAAAUUCAAUACAUUUUUAAAAGUUAAAUGACAAAUAUUUAGGCUACAUUGAAGCGUUAGGUUCUAGGUGCGUGAGGAAUCUCUUGAGGCAGAGCACGUGUUAAGCUUUCCUGAAUAACUGGGCCUGCUGGGAGCAUAUGUGGCCACAUUUUUACGACUUGGGAGGAUGAUGAUCUGCGACAGACAAUGCAUGUCAGUAUCAGAACUUAAAAUACAGCCAGACUGGCCUGCUACUCUGCCUUUCUAUACCUAAUAAACAGGCGAGUAGACCCACAAGUGAUCCAAAUGGAAUGAAACAUUCAAAUCACAGGGCUUUUGCACCAUUAUUUAAAUAACAUUUUCACUGCAGUUUAUAGCCUAGAGUAGAAUUUUGUACUUGAAAACAAUAAUGCAAUAUCUCAUUGCAUUGUGGUGUUAUAGGCUAGUCUAUGUAGGAUAAUUGAAACAUAAUUGUCCCUGAACCAGAUGACUAGGGGAGCUUUUUGAGUUGCGUGUCUCAUUUCUUCACAGUUCUUUCAUGCACAAUGACCCACCUGGCCUCUUUGCUGAUAGUGAAAAUUGGUGCAACUUUGAAUGAUUUUAUCUGUGGUAUGAUGCUAGUUAGCCUAUUGUAGAUCUGGACAAAUGAUCCACCUAGUGCUAUUGUCACUAUGAAUGGUGGAUAGAAGGCAGGAUAGGCUGGUAUACUAUACUGACCUGUGGUAUAGUAAAAGUUAGCUCACGGAAAAGCAUAGUGCAUGAGAGAAGUACCAACGCAACUUGAUAUAAGGGAGGCGCAUGCAAGCAGAUGAGGACAUUUGUCUAGGAUGGAAGAAAUUAUAUAGUAAAACCUGCAAAGGGACGAAUGUAAACCCGGGAAAAAACGCACUACCCUGUGCCCAAUAAAAACAACCCUCCCAAAAGCAAAAAUAAAUAAAUAAAAAACGUUAGACGACACUCCCCUAUUUUGGACCUCCCCACCCCAGUAAAUCUCGAACUUUCCUUAUAUAAAUGAAUUAUGCCAAUGACAUGUAUAGCUUUUAUCCCAUAAUCAAAUGCCUUGAGUGAUUGUGCUUCUUUUUAAGUACUUGAUUUCAAUGAUCAUUCUGUGGGUUUUGGGGCUUUAAACUAUAGACUAUUUUCAUUGUCUACUCUAGGUUGCAAUGGACUUGCCAUUCUAUGUACCUGCACAUUUAUUGUCAUGUAACAUAUAUUUUUCUUUUGUCAUAAGCUCUGAUACAGUUGAACGUAUAUAGAAUGCACCAACACAGGAACAAGUUUAUGGGUAAAUGUUGUAAUAAGAGAGUUACGUCGCCAUGGCUAAAAGUACUAGAUAAUGCCAUUGCAAUAAGAAACCCUAUAUACAGACAGCUAUGUGUAGCUAAUGUACAAUUUAAUAUCCAGCAAGUCACUAACUUAAUGUUUUACGGACACCUUAUCAAACCGUGGCUGACCAUUGUCGUUACUUCACACACAAUGGGAAAUUUAAACUGUCUGAAUGUAUUGUUAAUGUUUACACUUUGAGACACCUUUGACCUUUUGAGACAGUCUAGCUAAUGGCUGAUUUUUACUUGAUUUUACCAAUGUGUGUUCAAAUUAGCUUAGUUAGACCUACUAUUGAAUUUGAGUGCAAAGAUAAAUGAGAGGAAAUACUGAAACCUCACUGAGGUUUUUUCUCAGUCCCACUGAAGUUGUGCAUGUAAGAGACUAGUAGUAAGCAGCAGCAAUGGGCCCACAGGCUGGUUUUCCCUUGAGUAAUGAAUCACAUAUCCAUCAUUAGCGGUGCAUAGCAGGCUCCAUUAUAGUUUACACACGCAGCAUCUUCUAUGUUGUCACUCCCCAAGGACGCAGACCUGGUGCCUGAGAAAGAGGGAUAGUUCACAUAUUUCAUUUUCUGAAUGGUUUACAGGACUCUUGUUAUUAGAAGGUGCAAUGUGUACAAGCACGAAGCCAGAGUUUGUUUGCAGUCCCACAUCUGUCUGAGGCCUUGUAGAUAACAUGCAUAUAUUUCCAACACUACAGGUCCACAGAGUCUGCUGAUAUGAUCAUUCAUUGUGUGGACUCCAGUGACUGUGUUUUCUAGCAUGUUGUAAAUUGGAAAAAUAAAGAUUCCAUUUCUGCAA